CUUGCGCUGUGUAGAACGUUGAUAUCGGAAUAAUGCCGUGUUUAAAAAUAUUAACAAAUAUCUCCAGUUAUAAAAUACCAAGGGAUUUUGUUGAUAAAAUAAUCCCAGUUCUGGCAAAAGCGGUAAAGAAAGAUGUUAACAAAUUUAUAUGUGUAAUAACAGGAGAUUGUCAAAUGUCGUUCGGCGGCGAAUCGUCAGAGCCCAGUGCUAUUGCUACUUUAGAAUCUAUUGGUAAUCUCGGUUCGAAAGAAAAUAGAGAGAUCGUUAGAGAAUUGUCCAAAUACUUGGAAAAGGAACUUAAAGUCAAACCCGAAAGAUUUUUCUUGACCUUUUAUGAUUUACUACCACACAACGUUGCCAAAGGAGGUGUUACUGUUGAGGAAAUUGGAGCAUGAAAACAUUGUACAAGCGAAAAAAAUUACGUUGUUUAUUAACAAUGUAUUCAUACCAAAAUAGAACUGA